CAAAGUACUACAAACACAAGUGUUAUUGAAACUGUGAUAUAACUUGUUGUGGAAGGAAAGUAAAGCGCAUUUGAAUUCUUCUUCACCAUUAUGGUGGUAAUAGCAAUGGGAAGAUGGAUUCAGAUUCAUUCGUUAGUUGCCCCUUCUGCGAUUCACAAGUACCCUUUUCUCAACGUACUGGGCACUUCAAGACGCACUUUUGGGAUCUCGACGAUGAUUUUGACCUGCCCCCAACACCUCAAUCUCAAUCUCUUCCGAGAGAGCAAGCACCCAAUGGCUCACGGUCCGGAGCAAACUAUUCGUGUGGUGGUGAGACUAAUAGUGAUAAUGGGGAAUGCAAAGUGAAUGACAAAAUCUCUUGCUUGAUUGGUUCGCAGACAAGGAGCAAUUUUUACAAAGUUGAAGGUGGUCUGAUGGCAUUGUUGAGAAACUGUUUAGACUCUGAAGUUGGAAAUUCUUAUAGUAUUUUGUCAGGUUAUGUUGAUCAUUUCCAGUGCCUUGAAUCUGAGGAUGCCGGAUGGGGUUGUGGCUGGUGUAACAUUCAGAUGCUUUGCUCUCACUUACUAGUGGAAAGACCAGAAGCAAGGAAAGCUUUGUUUGGUGGUUCUGGAUUUGUUCCUGAUAUCCUGUCGCUCCAGAGAUGGCUUGAGAUUGCUUGGGAAAAGGGUUUUGAUGCGCCUGGAUCAGCUCAAUUCAAUCAUGUUAUUUGUGGUUCAAAAGAAUGGAUAGGAACUACUGAGUGCACUGCUCUUUUGCGUUCCUUUGCUCUUCGGGCAAGAGUAGUGGAUUUUGGUCCUAAGGAAUCCCAAUCCCUCACAGGUUCAAGUGUUGAUAACAUGAGGGAUAAAGCAAAUAUUCAUAACAUAGUAAAAAGAAAAGCUGAAAAGAGUGAGGGUUAUCAAGUUCUCAUGGAUUUUGUGUGGAAUUACUUUUCUGAUAAAAGCUCAAUCCUAUUUUGCCAGCAGCAUGUUGUGAUCAGUGAGAAAACGCCAGCCUCUAUACUUUCAACAUAAUGGUCACUCAAGAACAAUAGUUGGAAUUCAAGUCAACUGUCAACAAAAAGGACAUCUUCAAUAUAAUCUCCUAGUUUUGGACCCUGCUCAUGUAAUUUAUCUGCAUUCCUAGCUUCAUAUUUUGUUAUUAAUAUCUAUUUCCAUAACUUUCAUAUAGAUGAUUUGGGGUAAUUGCAUAUUAUACAAAUAUUUGUAGCUCUAUCAUUGUCAAGAAACUAAAGAAAAAAAGAAGUAUAGAAUGUUGUAAAAUUGGCAUUA